CCUCCGAUUUCAUAACAAACCGAAAAAAAAUAGCUUAUUCAUUACUUGCAAAGUAAAUAGAGCAAAAAAAAUCGUCAAUAUGGCACGUAUCGAUAAUAAUUAAACGAUAAAAGAUAAUAAUAAUAAGUAUUAAAAGUGAUUUAGACCAACAAUGAAAAUCCUUGAUUAAUUUUGUUUAAAGUCCAAUAUUAUAACAAAUUAAACAACAAUGUCGGAAAGUGGGGCCGAAAUCGACAAUUUAUACCCGGCUUUAACGCAAUGUUUCGUUAUAAUAUCUUGCGGGUAUUUAGCUGGUAGGAUGAAUUUGAUAUCGGAAACUGAAGCGAAAGGGAUUAAUACAUUCGUGGGGACGUUCGCUUUGCCAUCAUUGAUUUUUAUGUCCCUCGCCGAGCUAGAUUUAACGUCGGUGAAUUGGCUCUUUCUACUAAGUGUCUUAAUUUCAAAAGGAAUCGUAUUUUUUGCUGUGAUUAUCGUAACUUUAUUAAUUAGUAGACCUCUUAAUUUUGGAAGAGCUGGUAUUUUCGCUAUUUUUUGUACGCAAAGUAAUGAUUUCGCUAUCGGGUAUCCAAUCGUGGUUGCACUUUAUGGUUUAUCUCAUCCCGAGUAUGCUUCUUAUUUGUAUUUGAUGGCCCCGAUUAGUUUGGCGAUUUUAAACCCGAUUGGAUUUGUUUUGAUGGAAAUUCAUAAACGAAGGAAUUAUGGGGAAUUAUCUCCUGUUAGUAUUAAUAGUGAAAGUAAUGGUGAAACGGGUUUGUUAUUAUCGGUUGAGAAUAGGAAAAAAUUUAAAUUAACUGUUUCUGUAAUGAAAAGUAUUUUUUUAAAUCCAAUUAUUUUGAUGACUUUGUUAGGGAUAAUUGGAAAUUUAAUGUUUAAGCACAAAGUUCCUGUUUAUUUGAGUGAGAUUUUAAAGGCUUUGGGAUCGGCGUUUUCUGCAUCAGCUUUAUUUUUAUUGGGAUUACGGAUGGUUGGGAAAGUUCAUAAAUUACGAGGCGCUACGUUGGUCGUUCCUGGGAUUUUAAUUAUUUGCAAAUUGUUAGUUUUGCCGAUUGUGACGCGGCAAGUUAUAAAUAUUUUUAAACCAGGAUCGAAUGAAACUGAAACCACGGAUUUGAGCACGUAUGGGUUUUUAUAUGGGACGUUUCCGGCUGCUCCAACGGUUUUUGUGUUUGCCACCCAAUAUACUAUCGAUAUCGAUCUGAUUGCAAGCGCAAUGGUCGCCUGCACAUUCAUCAGCGCCCCACUAAUGUUCGUUUCCGCGAAAAUGAUCAGCCUUCCGAACGGCGAUUCGCAAGACUACGUCAAACAAUUAGAAUCGUUUAUGUUCGACGUGAGCAUUUUGGGCGUGAUCUGUUCGAUUUGGGUACUUUUAGUCUUCACUUUAACCAAAAAAUUAUCAAAAGUACCCCACAAAGUGACCGGAUGUUUAGUCGGAGCUCAAUUAACGUCGUGUUUGGGGGCGAUUUUAUGGAAAACAAUCGGCGAAAACAAUACUGUGUGGGUCCAGUAUUUACAAUUUAUGAUUUUUAGCGUGGGAGUGUUUUCUAGUCGGCUGUGGACGGCCAUUUUAUCGAUGGUCUUGUUGUUUUUGCAAUGUCGAAGUUUGUGUUUCGUGGUUAAGUUGUUGCCGUGGUGUUAUUUUAUCGGGUUUGGAUUUCCCGUUGCGUUAUCUGGGUUGCUUUUAGCUUAUGAUAAAAGUAGUUUGCCCUUUGAGGAGCAUAACCCGAAUUUCGCCUACGGGGUUUAUCAAGCUAUCGUGGCUGUUAGCUUGUUGGUGUUUUGUUUUAUCGCAACCGUUGGGUGCUUAAUUCUUCAUCAACGAUAUAGGAGGCGUCACGAGCGGUAUUUAACGUUAGCUAAUGAUGUCGCGGAAACUUUUGAGUCGAAUCCUACGUUAUGCGAAGCGGGGAGUUCUUUGGAGGGUGGUGGAUGUUGUGGGGGAAACACUUCAACCCCUGUGGUGGUCGAUAUAGAAGAUAUCGACAAAAAAUUUAAACCCAAAAUUAAUUCCCAACGCAAACGAAAUAACUCAAUUUCUUGCGCCUCCCCGUCUUCGGGAUGUGGUGGGGGAACCCCACAAAAUGAAUGCCAAAGUAUUUUAAGGCGAUACCAAGAACCCAUCGAUGAAGAUAUCGAAAUGAUCGAAGAAGAACCCGAUACUCACGACGCACAAAUUUUGAGACACGUCGUUUUAUUAAUUUUAUUGUUAUGUUCGAUGUUUGUGGGUUUAUCUUUAUGUAUUUGGACUUUAAUAAUGGAUCGAAUUUCGGGGAUUUACAUCGAGCUCUCAUUUUUAGACACAACGCUAAAUUUCGGACAAAGCAUCAUAGUUUUCGCCGUUUUCGGCACCGACACCAAAGACAUCGUGCUCCCGUUACUAAAAUAUUGGAGAAAAUUAUGGUACGGGGCUAACACCUUGAUCUUACCCAGCUGGGACGAACUCAGCGCCGACACGAAACACAUCUGCGACCAAUUCGUGACGCAUCACCUCGUUAGAUGUCGCGAUGAUAUCGCCGAGGAUAAACGGUGGAGAUUAAAAGUUUAUCGGAAAGUUUUUUCGGGGGCGAGAUUCGUCGAUUGGCUGCUUGAGUAUGGUUUGGCUCGAGAUCGAGGGGAAGCGGUGAAUUACGCGCGACAUUUGGUGGAGGGGAAAGUGCUUAGACAUAUUAACGGGGUUUAUCAUUUUUAUGAUCGAAAUUUGUUGUAUACCUUCAAUUAAAGGGUUAUUAUUUAACCUCAUUAUUUAUUAAAUCCAAAAUGUAGCGUUUUAAUUUUGUUUAAUUUUGGGUGUAAUUUCGAACAAAUUAAUGAUCUUUUCGAAUUUUUUGUUGUUUCGCUAGUCGGUUGAUUUAGAUUGGUCAUAAUCGGGUGAUUUGUCCAAAUUUGAUGAUUAUUUCGGGUUUGGAGGUGAUUCUGGCGCGUUUUGUACAUAUAAGCAGUCAUUAUGUACAAAAUGAAUCUUCGCGGAGAAUGAUUAUUAAAUGUUAUAAGUAUUUAUUGAUUAAAGCAGUAUUAUUAUCA